UACUCAAAUCAAUGAAAUGAAAUGAGAUCUUUUUAUAUAUAAGAAACAAAAAAACAAAGUCUAGUGAGAGAAACACUAAGUUUUGUGUCUUUCUUUUUCUCUUAACACAAUUCAUUGUUACUGAGCUCAGAAGCUACCUAAGUAGAGAGAGAGAAUCUGAAAACAGAGUGUUUUCACUGAUAUUCUCUGCAUCUUCAUUCUAUGAAAAAUAUUCAAUAUUUUAAUUUUCUGGGCUAUCAUCAAAAUUGAAUCUUUUUGUUUCAUUGGAUCAUCAUAAACAUGGCAAAACCAGGGGUGUUAGAUUCUGAUCCAGAAGUUAUGUUGAAGAAAGCUUUAGAGUUGAAGAAGGAGUUGAAAAAGCUUGUGAAGUCCAUUGUUGAUGAUGAAGAUAUAAGCAUUGAAGCAAUUGAUAAAGCAAAAGAAACUCUUUGUGUUCUUAAAGAUUUGAAGCUAAGAAAGAAAUCUCAAUCUUCAAAUUCAAUGUCUUUUAAGAUAAACAAGAAUGUUACUUUCCCAGAUGAAUUCAAAUGUCCACUUUCCAAGGAAUUUAUGAGAGAUCCUGUCAUUGUUGCUUCUGGUCAGACAUAUGAUAGACCUUUCAUUCAAAGAUGGUUUAAUGCUGGAAAUAGGACAUGUCCUCAAACUCAUCAAGUUCUCUCACACACUCUGCUUACUCCAAAUCACCUUAUAAGAGAAAUGAUAGAAAAAUGGUCUAAAAAUCAAGGACUUGAAUUGUGCAAUGCUAUGAGUUACAUUAGCGAUGAAGGUGCUAAAGAAGCUGAUCAGAGUCACUUUUUAUGUUUGCUUGAGAAAAUGUCUUCAACACUUUGUGAUCAGAAAGAAGCUGCAAAACAACUUAGAUUAUUGACAAAGAAGCAUCCUUGUUUUCGAGUACUUUUUUGUGAUUUCGAACAUGCAAUUCCUCAAUUGCUUAAGCCAAUUUGUGAAGGAGAUAGUAUUAACCAUGAACUUCAAGAAGAUGUGAUCACAACCCUCCUCAAUAUCUCGAUACAUGACAACAACAAGAAACAAGUGGCUGAAAUUCCAAUGGUAAUUCCAAUCCUCAAGAAGGCUUUGAGAUGUGGAACAAUCGAAACACGAGCCAACGCUGCAGCAACCCUUUUCACGUUAUCAGCACUAGACUCAAACAAAGAACUUAUAGGAAAAUCCAAUGCCUUAAAACCGCUUAUCGACCUAUUGGAAGAAGGGAAUCCCUUAGCUAUGAAGGAUGUUGCUUCAGCAAUAUUCACUUUAUGUAUGAUGCAUGACAACAAAGCAAUAGCAGUGAAAGACGGUGCGGUUAGAGUGAUUAUGGCAAAGAUGAAAAACCGAGUUCACGUCGACGAAUCACUAGCUAUCCUUGCCCUACUUUCGACUCAUCAGAAGGCUGUCCUUGAAAUGGCAGAGCUUGGAGCUGUUCCUUGUUUGCUAAGCAUUAUGCGAGAGAGCUCGUGCGAACGCAAUAAAGAGAACUGUGUCGCAAUCCUUCAAACUAUAUGUCUUUAUGAUAGAUCCAAGUUGAGGGAAAUAAAGGAAGAGGAGAACAGUCACAGAACAAUUUCUGAACUUGCAAAAAGUGGAACUUCAAGGGCUAAGAGAAAAGCUAGUGGAAUUCUUGAGAGAUUGCAUAGGGUUGUUAACAUCACACACACUGCAUAAUAAUGUCCUUGAAUCCAAGACUCUCUUUCAAGGUAUAUUAUUCAGUUGUGUACCUUCAAGUUAUUGAAGGUAAAAAACUAUAAGAAACUUAUGCUUCAUAAAACCAAUUGUGUACAUUCUUUUCUCUCAAUGAAGUUAUUUUCAUGUUAAUUAAGUACCUGAAUAAAGUGAAGCUAUGUGCUCUUUGUUCAAAAAAUUCUACAAAGUUCUUCGUGUAUAUAUAUAUUAAAUAUUUCAUUUA